CGUACCUCCUUCUUUUCUCACUGCUUGCAGUUUUGGUCGUCGUGGUCGUUCCGGAACAAUUUUUUGUGCCGAAUUUUCAACGCUUGCUGCCCCCGGAAAUGGACCAUUACGUCAAGAUGGAAGACGGCAAGGUGAUGCCGAUCCAGGAAAUGCUCAAAAGCAUCGAACGGUACAAUCCGGAACACUUGAAGGUGAUUGAAGCGUACGUGGAGGACCAGGCCAAGGACAACAAGUACGACCUGGAGGCGAACCUGGCCUGCCUGAAGCUGUACCAGUUCAACCCGCAGAUGAUGAACCUGGACGUGACGUACACGAUUCUGCUCAAGUCGCUGACCAACUUCCCGCACACGGACUUUGUCCUGUGCAAGUGUCUGCUGCUGCCGGCCCAGAUGAACGACGACUCGGUCAAGGAGAUCGUCUACCUCUCGGACAUCCUGGAGAAGUGCGACUUUACGCUGUUCUGGUCCCGGGUGCAGAAAAAUCCGCAGUUCUUCAAGAAGAUCACCGGCUUCAGCGAAUCCAUCCGGAAGUUUGUGUGCCACGUCGUCGGCAUCACGUUCCAGUCGAUUGAGAAGCAGUACCUGGUGCGGCUGCUCGGCGAUGUCGAUGACAAAGUCCUCAACGCCUGGGUGAAAAAGAACGGCUGGAAGGAGGAGGGCGAGUACAUCCUGGUGGCCCAACAGGAGGGCAACAUCAAGACCAAGCACAUUACCGAAAAGAUCGACUUUGAGAAUCUGGGCCCGCUGAUGGCCAACUGUCUGUAGAGAACCAGUUCCGGAAGGACGUUGCCAGAGCAGCAUUCCUAGAAGUUUUAAGAUCGAUUGAGGACGGAUGGCGGCAAAGUGAAGGAAAAUAAAAGAAAGAGGUUCAGACACAUUUUUGUGGAAUCCA